GUGAACGGGUUGAUGACAGGGAGGAGAAAGGAGAUUUGAGGGGUUUCAGAUAGAGAUCCAGGCAGCUUCGAGGAAGGGGGAAAAGCAUGAGUAAUUAAAUUCGUCCUAAAAUAUGUUUAGCUAGAUGCAAAUUUAAAGUGUGAACCUUAUCUAACGGUACUGGCGAUACUUACCAUGAGCAGCAUAGUGCUGCCGGGAUUUUGUUCAUGUGGUACUCUUUAAAAUGGUGAUUAUUUAGAAUAAUUGAAAGAUUAGUUUUCCUAAUUACUAGCUAUGCCUGCAUACUGAACUUCUGCGAUUCAUAUAGGAAGAGAACGAGAUUCCUCUGCAUCUCUGAGAUCCCUAAUCGCUCAACCUUCAAAUAACUUUCUUUUAUUUCAGAAACAAUAACAAAUUGCUGGAAAAGGUCAGCAGGUUUGGCAGUAUCUGUGGGGAGAAAUUAGAGUUGAUGUUUUUGGUCAAAUGACUCUUUCUGGACAAUUUCAUAUUUUCCAUUCUCUAUUCCAUUGCAAUGUUGCCCCCCCAACAUGCCUGCCCUCUAGUGCAGGAGGGGAAUUGGUUAGUUCAGUUGGCUGGACACCUGGUUUAUGAUGCAAAGUGAUGCCAACAGUUUGUGUUUAGUACCUGCCUCAGCUGAGUUUUCUAUGACGAACUGUUUUUCUCAAACUCUCCCCUGAGGUGUGGUGGCCUUUAGGUUAUACCACCACUAGCCCUAUGAUCUGGUAAUACUAUGGUGACUUUUAUCCUUAUUUAUAGUACAAUAACAUCCUUUCUGUUUUUAAUGAAGUAACCAGAACCAAAGACAGUGCUCAAGUUGUGGCCUAACCAAUCAGUUCUUGAAUAGCCUCCCUACUUGUACAAUGUAUUUCAACUAAAAAAAAAGGAUUCUGGAUGCUGCUUUAACCACCUUAGUGACCUCCUGCUAGUUUCAGGGAUCUGUCUAUUUUCACUCACUUCCUCUACACCUCUUGGUGUACUCCCGUCAAUUCCUUUGGCUUGUUACCCCCCCUAGAUGUAACACCUAAUUUCCCUGGAUUGAAUGCCAUCUGCCACUUUUCUGUCUACCUAACCAUUCUGUUAAUAUCUAUUGAUAUCUUCCUGUGGUUUUAUAGUUAUUCUCCUUACCAUCUUCAGUGCAGUCAAUUUUUGUGAUGUCUGUGAAUUUCUUGACCAAACCUCCAACAUUUAGAUCCAAAUCAUUCAUAAAUACCACAAAAAGCAGGGGACCUCAUACAGAUCUCUACAAAGUCCCACUGGAAACUUUCAGUCUCAAAAACUCCCAUCAACAAUUACCCUUUGCUCCCUGCCACUGUACCAAUUUGCUAUCCAAGUGGCUAUAUUCUCCUCAAUUCCAUGGGCUUUAAUUUUUUUAAACCGGUCUGCCAUAUGGAGUCUUAUCAAAAGCAUUGCAGAAAUCCAUGUAGACCGUAUCAACUGUACUAAUGCAAUCAAUUUGCCCAUGUUACUUCCUCAAAAUACUCAUAUUUUGGUCAAACGUGAUCUUCCCAUAACAAACCCAUCAGAUUCUCCAGCACCUGCAGUUCCCAUUAUCUCUGAGUAUCCUUGAUUGAUCCAUGCUUUAUUGACAAUUUAUUCUGUCUCUGAGAAUCGAUUCUAAGAAUUUGUUAAUUUUCUGUAUCUCGAGAGGACUGGAAAAUUAUCAUCAUAUCUUCUGUUCCUCCCUGGCUUUAUUUAACAUUCUGGGAUAUGUUUGAAAUGGGCCUGGUCAUUUUCACUUUCACUGAUUUCAUUAACACUUCCUUUCUCAAGAUGUCUAUCAUGUUCAAUACUUUACACUCCUUUUCCUUAACUAAAAUAUCAGCAUUGUCACCCUCUUGUGAAGAUGGAUGCAAAGUAUUCAUUGAGAGCGUACCAACAUACCUAAUAUAUACCUAAGUUUCCUUUUUGAUCUUUUAUGGACUCUAUUCCUUCAUUUGUUAUUCUCUUACUCUUAAUGGAGAGCUAAAACAACUUUAAGAGCAGCUGAUUUCUUCCUCUCCAACUACUGAUUGGAGCAUUCUUGGAGCUGCUUGGACUGAUCAACCCUGGGCCUUUGUGGUUUGUCUGACUCAGUGCUAGGUCAAAUGGUGAGUUUUCAAAUUUAAACAGUUCUAGGAACAUAUUUGCAAUAGAUUCUUUUAAUGAUUUAUGCUUUUAAUUGCAGGAAAGGCUCCUCCUGUUCUCUCCUUAACUCCGCUGGAAGUUCUUCUGUUCCUGAACACCUGGUACUAUGCAGUGUACUUUGUGGCAGAGAUUCUUCUUUUCAUAUACAAAAAUAUUUUCCAAACAACCUGUUCAGCAUUGUUAUUGCACACCUCUGGAGCAGUUGGAACUUGAACCCGGGCCCCUGGCUCAAAGGUCAACUGUUACCAUAUACCUCUGCAAAUCUGACUUUGGAUCUAGUGAUGCUGUUUCUGUACCUUGGAGUUGAAAUAAUGAGAAUAUUUUUUGGUUCCAAGGGGAAUCUGUGCCAGCGUAAGGUACCUCUCACCAUUAGCCUGCUGCUUGUUGGACCAUCUACAAUAAUGGCUGUUUAUUAUAUGCUGCUCCAAACCUAUGUUCUGAAGUUGGAAGUGACCAUCAAUGCAAUAUUAUUGGUGUUUUACGUUUUUGAGCUGGUUCUAUACAUUGUGGGUUUGAUAAGUUUCUCGAGUGUAAUCGUCAGCGACUGAGCAUCUGAAGAGAUGGAAAGUAUCCAUAACUGAUGAGAUAUUUCUCUACUCUGGUCGCAAAAUAAUAAUAAUCAUUCUAAUGCUGUUUUUGUAAGUGUUAAGGAUAAUUUCCCAAUAUUUUAUACUGCUUUAUAGUCAGCACUGAGUCUUUCAUUUUGCUGAAUUGAUUUUGUAUUUAUUUUGUCCUUUAUUUCCCCACUUGUCAGCUGUGGAAAGAUGGUUUGAUGUCAAAUACACUUUUGAACCAGCCCUUUUUAAUACAUAUGACAGCACCCUGUAGAAGUCCUUCUCUCUUGUUGUUUUCUUAUACAAUAAUGUAAUAUUUACUGAAGUUACUUAGCACAAUUGUGCUUCCACCCUCAUUUACUUCCUUUUUUUUCAUGUCUUCUGAUGACAUUGAAUUCUUUCUCUCUUUUUGAGAGAACAUAUGCACCAUUUUCACAUUCUUAUCUUGGAGCUUCAAGCCAAUUAUCUUCAUCCAGCUUUCACAACUGGAACUCCAUCCACCAUCAUAAACACUCCUUUCCUUCACCACUGACACAUUGUGGGAGCUGCGUGCAUCAUCUAUAAGGUGCUAUGACAACACCUUCCAAACUUGCAAUCUGUACCAUCUAGAAGAACAAGUGCAGCAAAUGUAUGGGAAUGUUAUUAUCUCCAACUUGCCCUUCAACCCACACACCAUCCUGACUUAUAAAAAAAUCACUAAAUUCACUGGCACUGGGUCAAAAUCCUGGAACUCCAUUCCUAAUAUCAUUUUUGUGCCUUACAUCCCCUGUGGCCUGCAGUGGUUCAAGAAAGUAGUUUACUGCCAAUUUCUGAAGUACCGUUAGAGAUGGGCAAUAAUUAAUCGGCCUGUUCAGUAAUGUCCACAUCCCAUGAAUGAGUUUAAUAAAAUAAAAUUUGGUUCAUAUACUAGUGGAUAUUUCUUACCAUUGCUUAAAGUAAAUCAUUUGUUACAAUGUUUGACAGUAUUAUAUCAGGUAAUGUACAAUGUAAUAUACCACGCCUGGGAAAUGUUCAACUUGGUCUUUCCCUUGAGCAGGCAAAUAUGAAGUGACUUUAUAUAUUACUCUUUAUGCCUCAGUUAUUUUCUGAAUUAAUUCAAUGGUAUGUAUUGUCUCUAACUAAGGAAGGAUAUACUUGCCAUAGAGGUAAUGGGCUAAAGGAUAUCAGGUUUGUUCUACAAGAUGAGAAUGUGGAGACUCUUCAUAUAUUCUCGAGAUGAGAAGAUGCUUUCAUAUAAGAAAAAAAUUAAAUUCUUACAGCGUUUGACAGGUUAGAUGCAAGAUGGAUAUUUUCCCUGACUGGAGGGACUAAAAGCAGGGGACACAAUAUAAGAAGAAGGCCGUUUAGGACUGAGGAGUGGAUUUUCUUCCCUGAGUGUUUUUGAUUCUUUAUAAUUCUCUAACCUAGAGGUCUGUGGAGGCUCAGUCAUUGACUAUAUUCAAAACAGAUGGAUACUUUCCUAGAUAUUAAAUAUAUCAAAUGAUAUGGUGCUGGAAAAUUUUGUUCAAGUAGAAUAUCAACUGUGAUCAAGUCGAGUUAAGUGGCUGAAUGGCCUGCUUCUAUUUCUUUUGUUUCUUUCCUACAUAUUAACUAGGUUCCUUUUUUUUGGUUCAAGUUGGUGAACUUCCUUGUCCGUUAACAGUGCCGCUUGUGUUCACUGGAAUAGCACAGCUGAUUUUCCCCUCCUCCCACGGGUUUUAAUUUUUUACUUAUUCGUGGGACAUGAGUAUCACUGGCUGGCUAGAAUUCACUACCUGCCCCUAGUUGCUCCUGAGAAAGUGGUGGAGCUGCUUUCUUGAACAGCUGCAGUCCAUUUGCUGUGAGUUCCAAUUCCACCUUGAUGAUUGGUAACAGCACAGACUAAUAAUCUUCCAACAUUUUAAUCUUUGACAAGCAAGAGUUUGUGCUGCAAUUACACUAAAAUUCUUUUUGUUCCACCUGUUCAAAAUAGAUAAUGUAGUUAUAUUUCAGGUGGUACUUUUUCUUUGAAAAUAUGAAUGAGUGUUUAGAAAUUGAUCAGAGGAAUAUUGAAAAAGUAGGCCUUUAAGUUCACAAGCCUGAUUUUCCAUUCGGUGAAAUCAUGCUAUUUAAGUCCAUCUACUUCUUUGCCACAUAUUUCUUAAUGCCUAUGCUUCUAAAACUAUUAGAUGAUGUAGGAUAUGAGUGUACAAAUAUCAGACUCUCAAAAUCUGAAUCAGUCAUUUUAUGACUUAAUCCUUUCUUUGUAUCAGAAAUACUUACAAAAACACCCGAGUUAUGUUACUUGCCCAACUUCCUCCUCCUGUCCAGUGUGAUUUGCUAAUAAUCAAAGUUUUCAGUCAGUUGUUGUGGCCUUCCUUAAAGUUUCAGUUAAGAUGAAAUUUCAUUAAAUUAUCAAAUAAAGUAAUGGACUGUAUCAACUGGACUCUCAUUCAGUGGUGGUUGAGACUCACUCCAUCAACUUAAGCACAGAAUGCUGUCUUUCUUUUCCUUCCUCGUUUUGUCUGUGUAUUUGUUCAUUUUAAACCUCAUCAUAUUCUUGUAUCAUUGCCAUUAAUUUUCCUCUUCCUUGUCAGCCUAUGUAUUUCAAAGUUAUGCCGCUACUAGCUUUCAUCCACUGAUGAGACUUCUUAAAAUUUAUUCAUGGCUUGUGGGCAUCAUUGACCGGGCCAGCGUUCGUUGUCCAUUUCUAAUUGUCCAUGAGAUCAGAGAUGAGCAGCCAUUUUGGACUGCUAUCACCGUGUGGUGUGUUGUUAUGAAGAGAGUUCCAGCUUUUGACACAAUUCUAAUUUAGUCAACAUCUUUAUGAACUUUUGUAUUCCUGGUAAAUUCUGUAUGCUACUGAUAAUUUGAUCAACAUGAAGUUUUAGUUUGGUCUUUGGAUGAUGUUUAAUCAAACUUUUGUUCCCAUCAAAUAAAAACUGAAAGAAUUGCGGAUGCUGUAAAUCAGGAACAAAAACAGAAGUUGCUGGAAAAGCUCAGCAGGCUGCCAGCAUCUGUGAAGGAAAAAUCAGAGUUAACCUUUCAAGUCCAGUGACCCUUCUUCAGAACCAUUCAUGUAUUAAAAUACAUGUUUAAAAAAUCUUUUAAUCUGGAUACCAACUUCGACCUCCUGCUCAUCCACUGUCCUAGAAGCAGAACCAUUCUGAGGAAGGGUCACCGGACCCGAAUUGUUAACUCUCAUUUUUUUUCUUCACAGAUGCUGCCAGACCUGCUGAGCUUUUCCAGCAACUUUUGUUUUUGUCUUUGGUUGCCACCAGUUGACAAGGUUUGGAUUUCUCUUAGUUUAAUUUAUAUUCACAGCAAAUAGUAAUAAGGGGUCUGUCCAUUGUGGCAGAGUUCGUAGAUCUAUCAGAAUUACUGUUUUGAUUGUGAUAUCAGCCAACAUGAAGUAAAUAAUAUAGACAGAUUAAUUAUUUUCAUGAAAGCAUCAAAAUUGUAAUACAGAAAUGUAUUGUCACACACACAUAGACCAUUAUUUGGGAAUGUUCAAAGAUUAUCAGAAGAUUUUUUUUGUGCUGGAAAAUUUCUUUGAAACCAAAAAAUAGAUUUUGAUUUUUUUUAAGAAA